AUCUUUAUCCGUUGCCCCCUCCACGGCAGAGGAAGGAAACGGAGGGGAACAGAGACGGGGGUGAUGGGGAAUGGAGAGGAGAGGAUUGCCCUUCUCCAAGGGGAAGUCAAGGAGGAGGAAGUGUCGGGGACGGGGUUGGUGAGGAGGUCUUGGAUUGAGUCCAGGAAGCUAUGGAGGAUCGUAGGCCCGGCGAUCUUUGGCAGGGUGGUAAUCUACAGUUUGAACGUCAUCACCCAGGCCUUCGCAGGCCACCUCGGCGACCUCGAGCUCGCAUCCAUCUCCAUCGCCAACACCGUCGUCGUUGGAUUCAGCUUCGGCCUAAUGCUUGGAAUGGCGAGCGCAUUGGAGACACUAUGUGGGCAGGCUUUCGGCGCUAAGAAGUACCAUAUGCUAGGCGUGUACCUGCAGCGAUCGUGCAUUGUGCUUUUCCUGUGUGCGGUCCUCUUGCUCCCGAUUUACUUCUUUGCCACCCCCAUCCUGAUGCUCAUCGGGCAGCCGCCCGAACUGGCGGUGCAAGCCGGACAAGUGUCGAUGUGGUUCAUUCCGCUGCACUUCUCCUUCGUCUUCCUCUUCCCCCUCCAACGAUUCUUACAGUGCCAGCUCAAGAACUCGAUCAUUGUCAUAGUUUCAGCAGUGUGCCUUGUCGUCCACCUGCUCGUCACUUGGCUCUUCGUUUCGAAGCUGCAAUUUGGCCUAAUUGGAACUGUAUUCACCCUAAACUUCUCGUGGUGGGUUGGUAUUUUCUGCCUCUUUGGGUAUAUCGCAUGCGGAAGCUGCCCCGACACAUGGACGGGCUUCUCCAUGGAAGCCUUUGGGGGCCUGUGGGAGUUCAUAAAGCUUUCGGCUGCUUCUGGUGUCAUGCUAUGCUUGGAGAACUGGUACUAUAGAGUACUGAUCUUGAUGACGGGGUAUCUAAAGAACGCUGAGAUCGCUGUGGAUGCCAUCUCUAUUUGCAUGAGCUUGAAUGGAUGGGAGUUGAUGAUACCUUUGGCAUUCUUUGCUGGCACCGGAGUGCGGGUGGCCAAUGAGCUCGGAGCUGGCAAUGGCAAAGCUGCUAGGUUCGCCACCAUUGUAUCCGUGGCUACUUCUGCUGUGAUCGGCCUCUUCUUCUGCUUGCUGGUCUUGGUGCUCCAUGAUAAGUUCGCUCUCAUCUACUCAUCCAGCUCGGUUGUGGUCGAAGCCGUUGACGAACUGUCCCUUCUACUGGCGCUCACAGUUCUCCUCAACAGCGUCCAACCUGUUCUUUCCGGUGUUGCUGUAGGGUCAGGGUGGCAGGCUCUGGUGGCAUAUGUUAACAUAGGAACAUACUACCUUGUUGGAAUUCCUGCUGGAAUUCUCAUGGGAUGGGUCUUCAAACUUGGCGUUCUGGGAAUUUGGGCUGGAAUGAUCGGUGGAACUGCAGUCCAGACGCUGAUCUUAGCCAUUAUGACCAUCAGAUGUGAUUGGGAUGAGGAGGCCAAAAACGCCAGCGCACGCAUGGAGAAAUUGGCUACUUCCAGUAAACCAUGAAGCAAAGACCGUGGCAGCGACUUGGAAGUAGAUAUUACCAUGGAUUAAGAUGUUUGAUAUCAAUCACUAAGUUUAGGAAGAGAAAAGGGCAUCGAUCGUAUCACCAGUAGGUGAAAACCUUUUUUUUUUGUUAGUGAAAGUUACCAUAGAUUAAUUAUAGUUGGGCAGUAAUCACACAUCUUUUGACAUCAGGUCCAGUUGAUCGAUCCGAUUCUGAUAACUUUGUUGAUGCUAUCACGAGGAAGAAUCACACCUAACAUGAUGUUGCUCCUGUCUUAUAUUUGCUCAGCCGUACAUGCUUGUGUUGGCAUUUAUCAAGCUCAGAAUUGAAUUCCCUGAUGGUGAUGUUGAGAGAUAUUAUAAUGAUGGUUAUGAUCCAUGCAAUAUCUAUUAUGAUUAUUGUUAA